CGGUCCUUGGAAAGACCCUUUCGUGCAAUCGGCCCUUGAUCUCUUUGAUCAAUUGAACACGCAAUUAUUUCAUCUGCAGCUAGUUGUAUCAGGACGAAUUCGGAACAGUGACUUGGAAAACGCAAUAAAUUCAAUAAAAAGACGGAAGAUGGCAUCUGCUUGGAUUACUGUAGUUGUUCUUACUGGUUUCUGGGGUGUCAUAGGAAUUAUAGUUCCAUGGUUCAUUCCAAAAGGACCGAAUAAAGGGAUCAUUCAGACUAUGCUGGUAAUGACUGCUGUUUGCUGUUAUAUGUUAUGGUUAUGUACAUUCCUGAUGCAGUUAAAUCCCCUGAUUGGACCAGAGUUAGAAACAAAGGUUAUAAGGGCUAUCAAGUAUGAAUGGGAGGGACAUGACUAGGAUCAUCUUUUAUACCACCUCAACAAUUCUGCCAUCUUGGAUUGGAUUUAGACCCCAACCCCCUCCCCACCCUACGAUUCGGCAUGAAGAAAUAAUUCAUUUGGAUGUACUGACUUGGAUGGACAAUGCCCAGUUUUGGUAAAACAAUACAGUGCAGCCUUUUUGAUGUAGAGGAUAGAGAACGUAACUGCCCAUCUCAAACUGGAGCAAACAUUUAUAAAAAGAAUGAUACAGAUGGCAACAGCUUGUAAUGACAGUUGACCAGCUUUAAUAUCAGUUUAGGAGACAAUAUCACAUUAAUGUGAUAUUACAAUGUAUGAAUAUUUAGCCAUGCCUUUCAAAAAUGGUAAUUAUCAGUUGAGCCCUUUUUGGGUUAGAUAUUGUUCACAUUGGACAGGUUGAGAAAGCUCUUGAGUUAUUUUACAUUUCCAGAUUCAAAUAAAUGUUUGCAAUGAAGGGAAAGCAUGUAGCAAGAUAUGCUAGGCAUUUGAAUUUGAAUGAAUGACAGUGCAUAUGAUCACAUUUAUUGCAUUGAAAAACAUUGUGUAAAAUAUCAGAUUUUCCCUCUUAAAAAAAAAGAAAAGCAAAAUGUUAGAAAAUUAAAAUCAUUGAGACUGAUUAACUAUUUAAUGCAUUGAACUUUUAUAUGAAAUUCAAAUUCACUGUUGUUGCUUUCCCAUGUUGAAGAAUAGUACAAGUGCAUGAUCUAUGAAGCCGGUAUUGUUGCAUUCUUAAAGUUCUCCGGUUAAGUCCAUUAGUACCAAAUCUUCCAUGAGCUAAAUCAGUUUUAGAAAUUUAGAAUUUCAGAUAUAUGUAAUUAUUUAAUGUAUCGGUAAUUACGUACAUACAUUGUACAUGUACACUUAGUUACAUUUGAUAAUUGAUGCCGUAUAUACUUUAGUGAGUUAGUUUACCUUCAUAUUGCAUGUCAAAAACAUUUGUGCAAUUUUUCACUUGAGACAUGUAAAUUAUUCUUUGAUUUUUCUCCCAUUCGCAAAGUGAAACUGUGGUUGAAAAAUAUUUUUUUCUUUAAGUUGAUCUUGUUAUGUACAUGUAAGCAAUCUUAGCAAGGUAUGUAGUUAGAGCAUUGAUAAUAUUUGGAUAGUGGUGCAUUAUCAUGUGCAUAAUAAGUUUAGUACUAUUAAUGAAUGUAAAAUCUGUUGCAAAAUGUUUGAAUACUUUGUGAUCCAAUGAUAGAAUAGCUUUUAAAAUAUUGUCCAUUAAUUGACGAAGUGUAAUAAAGAAAAGCCCUUUGUUUUCAUAAAUAUUACAUGUAGUUUAUUUCAGUCGCAGAAUGGAAAUCAGAAAAUCAAAAAGCAUUGAAUUGCAAACAUGGUUGUGAUUUUUUUUUCUCUUCAGACUUAAAAUUUAUUAGGAGCCUACAUGUAUAUUGAGCUAUUUAUGAAUAAACAGGUCUAUUCAUCUGUAAGUUUGGAUUUGAAUGAUGAAAUACUUUCACGUUGUACAUUUUUUUCAUGGAUUGAGGGAAGAGACACCAUGUUUUUAGACUCUAGAUAGGAAUUAAUAGUUUUUGAAGUACCAAACUAAAUCAAAACGCCUUUGAAAACUAGAUUGAGGUGUUCCACACAAGUUUGGUUAGGACUACUUUGAAAUAAUCAAUACAUUCAAUAAUGAUGAUACAGUACAUACCAAUGUAAAUGGGUCAUAGGAAUGGUUCCAUUUUUAUGGCAUACCAGAUCUAAAAACCUGUGUAUCAUUUGUAUGAGGCAAAUAUCUUCUUAUGAUCUCUUCAACAAAAUAUUGGUGUCCUUGGGUUUAUCAAUCAUUAUGGUGUAUUGCAAUUUCAGACUGAAAGUCUAUUGCCAAUGGCAAUGAUGUAUGCAUGUGGUGUUCAUUUAAUGUUGUAAAAAAGGGUUAAUUUGAACUCCAAUAAAUUCAUGAAAGAUUUCAAGAUCAAACAUGAAUUACUAUGUUAGAAGACCUUCCUCACAUUGACCCAUCAAAAGUUAGCCACAUCCGAAUUGAUCUUCACUGUGAAAGUGAAUAGUUGAUAACUUUGUUACAUGGACAUCUUGGAAUUUUUGGACCCAAUCUGAUGGAAUUACCCAAAUGCAAGUUACAUUUUUCUAGCAAUUUAAAUUAACAAUUCAAAUUUAGAAUUGUAACACAUUACCAAGGUUCUAAGUUUGAUGUAUAUCAUUUUUUGUGUGUCCUUUUCAUGAAAUUCCAUAGUUUAAUUCUAUAUUAUGUAACUCAUGUAUGUCUUGUACAUGUAUUGUCAAUAUAUGUCAAUAAAUAUAUAUAUCUAUAUAGUACAA